AUGCCGAAGAAACUCCCGCCCGCGACGCUCAGCGAUACCAAGCCUUCUGCCGAUGAGGUCGAGAAGGCGAAGAAACUCUUAGAUGGGCUGUCCAGGGCCGAGAGACGCUCUCGCGAGGGUAGCCUCGCCAAUUUCCUCGAGAACAACCCAGAUGCCAAGGUGAGGAACGCGGUUGGCCAGGACAAGGAGAGGCACCUCAUCUGGUUCAUGGCGCGCCAGGCGAAGGCGAAGGAGGGCGAGAAGCAGACGGUGGCGACUCGCGAGGUGCUCACCGACAAGGGCAAGGGCGUUACCCACUACUGGUGGUCGGAGAAGAAUAUGAACGACGAGAUGGGUGAGAGAAAGGCGACUGCGUGGAGGGCUUCUGGCAAGGUCACCUGGAGGCCCGACCCGAUCACUGGACUUGGCGAGAAGGAGGAGGACUUCGAGCAUCGCGACUGGAAGAUCCCCGUGGAGUGGGAGACCAUGGACGAGCACGACAUCAACAAACUGAUGGCGAGUGUCAGCAGGGAGAUGGCCGAUGGCGACGAUGAGCUCAUUGCGGAAGCUUCGACCAUGGGCGUGGCAAGCUCCUCGAGCACUCAGGUGCCAGUCAAGGUAGAGCCGGAGUCGGAGCUUGAGGUGCUACGCGGGAGGUGUGAGGAGAUUAAGUCUACGCCAGACGUCUUCCUGAGGACUUACCAGGACAAUAAGACGCAGCUGGACAAGAUCCAAAAGGUGGUGAGCGCCAAGACCAAGGCCGACAAAUACGCGGCCUUCUUGGACACAGACCUGUCCAAGACCUUGAAGAAAGUCGUUCGCACCGUGUCAAUCUUGGAGAAGAUGAUCAAGGACGAGCCAGACGAUGCUGGCAUCCCCCAGCUGGUGGGGACGAUCGACGCAAUCGACAAGGAGUUCGACGACCUGAAAGGGUGGGCCGUGAAGCUCGGCUAUUACCAGCCCGACGGCACAGGUAGGAGGAAGCGCGCCAAGACGUCUAGCUGA